CUGAGGCCGCCCAGGAUGGCGCAGGGGCGGCGGCGGCGGGCGGCCUGCGCGGGGCUCUAGCGCGGCGGGGCGGACGCUCCCGGCCCGGCCCCGGCCUCGCGGGCGGGCGGCAUCGCGGCCAUGGCCAAGGAGCGGCGGAGGGCCGUCCUGGAGCUGCUGCAGCGGCCGGGGAACGCGCACUGCGCCGACUGCGGCGCCCCGGAUCCUGAUUGGGCCUCCUACACCCUGGGGGUGUUCAUCUGCCUGAGCUGCUCUGGAAUCCACCGGAACAUCCCCCAGGUCAGCAAGGUGAAGUCAGUCCGCCUGGACACCUGGGAGGAGGCCCAAGUGGAGUUCAUGGCCUCCCACGGGAACAAUGCUGCGAGAGCCACGUACGAGUCCAAAGUGCCCUCUUUCUACUACCGGCCCACGGCUUCCGACUGUCAACUCCUGCGGGAGCAGUGGAUCCGGGCCAAGUACGAGCGGCAGGAGUUUACGCGCCCCGAGAAGCAGGAGCCGUACUCUGCAGGAUACCGAGAGGGCUUCCUCUGGAAGCGUGGCCGGGACAACGGGCAGUUUCUAAGCCGGAAGUUUGUGCUGACGGAACGAGAGGGAGCCCUGAAGUAUUUCAACAGGAACGACGCCAAGGAGCCCAAGGCCGUCAUGAAGAUCGAGCAUCUGAAUGCCACCUUCCAGCCAGCCAAGAUCGGCCACCCCCACGGCCUGCAGGUCACCUACCUGAAGGACAACAGCACCCGCAACAUCUUCGUCUACCACGAGGAUGGGAAGGAGAUGGUGGACUGGUUCAACGCGCUCCGAGCCGCCCGCUUCCACUACCUGCAGGUGGCCUUCCCGGGCGCCAGCGACGCAGACGUGAGUGGCGCGGCUGUUCCCCUGGGGGUCGUGCUUCCUAGCGGGGGGUGGUGUCGGGGGCUGACCAAGGGCCCGCCUGGGCCGCAGAGUGCCCUGCCCUGCCCGCCGAGGCCCCGGGAGGUGACCACAGGGACCCUGCUCGACGGGGCCCGGGGCCGCGGGGCCGGGCUGAGCCGCUCUCUGCCGCAGCUGGUGCCGAAGCUCUCCAGGAACUACCUGAAGGAGGGCUACAUGGAGAAGACCGGGCCCAAGCAAACAGAAGGCUUCCGGAAGCGCUGGUUCACCAUGGAUGACCGCAGGCUCAUGUACUUCAAGGACCCCCUGGACGCCUUCGCCCGAGGGGAGGUCUUCAUCGGCAGCAAGGAGAGCGGCUACACGGUGCUGGACGGGCUCCCGCCGUCCACCCAGGGCCACCACUGGCCGCACGGCAUCACCAUCGUCACGCCGGAGCGCAAGUUCCUGCUGGCCUGCGAGACGGAGUCGGAGCAGCGGGCGUGGGUGGAGGCCUUCCGCAAGGUCGUGGACAGGCCCAUGCUGCCCCAGGAGUACGCAGUGGAAGCGCACUUCAAGCAUAAACCCUAGCGGAGACCGUCCUGGUGGCCGAGGGACUGGACUCACUAGACGCGGCCGGCGAGGCGGCGGCCGGAUGCGGGGCUGUGGACGGAGGGCGCGGGCCAGCCCCUGCCCCACCCCGAGGGGCAGCCCAGAUGCGGCCGCGGGGCCUGAGCUUCAGCCACCGGGACUUGUUUCUCUGGAAGCUCACAGUGGGCUGCCCGGCCUGACCUCUGACCCCAUCAUGCUGCUGCCCCCAUCUGUGACACCCCCUCCCACUCCCCUCCCCACGGACCCUCCCUCCCUGAGGCCCGGCCCUGCCCCCAGGAGGACUCGCCCCGACAGGAGGCUGGGCCUGGGGACAGAGGGCCAGCCUGCAUGCCUCCCCGCCCACUGCCAUCCUGCCCACGUCCCCCGGCCCCCCAACACGUAUUAUUUAUUGAGCAUCUGCUGUGUGUCAGUCGUGGGGCGCUGGGGCACCUGCCUGGGUCGGGGGGAGACAGGAGGGAGACGGGAGGGGGAGCACCUCGAGUGCCCGGCUUGGCGCUGACCAGCCACCCACCCUACUAGCCUGACCUUGAGGCCUUUGAACCCUUGGAGGGUGGGGGCCUGAGCUGCCAUGAGGCCAGUAGAGGCCUGGGCCCCACUCACCCCCACCGGCCUCCAGCGUGCUGUGGGCUGGCCAGUAGGUGCAGCCACCGAGCCCCCUCCCCAGGUGGCCUGGCUCUGUCCACUGUGGGCGGGCAUCUGUGAGAACGGCUGGGGGGUGGGGACGGUGCACGGGGUGUGGUCUCCCUAGGAGGCUGCAGUGUGUCACUGCGGGGGACCCGGGCAGCCCCAGCUCUCCCGUCCUGCUCGGCUGAGAUGUGUCCGCUGCAGGGAAGCCCUGGACCAGCCCUCGAGGGGACUGGGAGAGGGUCCCCAAGGCGGGGCAUUCUGCUCCCCACCUUGUGUCACAUCCUGGAAUAAAGUGGGCUCUGGCGUGGCCUCA